GGCAAAUAAUCGGCGCCCAAUGUUGUGGUCCUUGGUAUUUCGCAUGGAGGAGUCGACAGCCAAGGAAGUCAAAUAGUUGAUCUAAUCUGCGAUGACUGUGGUUAUUGGGUUCGAGGGCAGUGCCAACAAGAUUGGCAUUGGCAUCAUCCGGGAUGGCGAAGUGCUCUCCAACCCUCGGCGGACAUACAUUACCCCUCCUGGUCAAGGCUUCUUACCAAGUGACACGGCCAGACAUCAUCGCUCCGUUGUCCUGACUGUCCUGAAGGAGGCGUUGGAGCAAGCCGGACUGAAGCCCUCAGACAUAGACUGUGUUGCCUACACCAAAGGUCCUGGCAUGGGUGCCCCCCUGGUGACAGUGGCGCUGGUGGCCCGCACGGUGGCCCAAUUGUGGGGGAAGCCCCUCCUCGGGGUCAAUCACUGUAUCGGGCACAUCGAGAUGGGCCGACUGAUCACCAAAGCCAAUAACCCCACCGUGCUUUACGUCAGCGGUGGGAACACACAGGUCAUUGCAUACUCGGAACGGCGUUACAGGAUAUUUGGGGAGACCAUAGACAUUGCAGUGGGCAACUGUUUGGACAGGUUUGCCAGAGUCAUCAAGAUUUCUAACGACCCCAGUCCCGGCUACAACAUAGAACAGCUGGCCAAGAAGGGCACGCACUACGUGGAGCUUCCAUACACCGUCAAAGGAAUGGACGUGUCCUUUUCCGGGAUUCUCUCGUUUAUCGAGGAAGCUGCUCACAAGAUGCUGGGCUCUGGUCAGUGUACAGCCGAGGACUUGUGUUUCUCCCUGCAGGAGACAGUGUUCGCCAUGCUGGUGGAGAUCACAGAGAGGGCGAUGGCGCACUGCGGCUCCCAGGAAGUACUGAUUGUUGGCGGUGUUGGCUGCAACCUGCGUCUACAAGAGAUGAUGGGGGUCAUGUGCUCAGAAAGAGGCGCCAAACUUUUUGCCACAGACGAAAGUUUCUGCAUCGACAACGGAGCCAUGAUCGCUCAGGCCGGCUGGGAAAUGUUCCGAUCUGGCCAAGUGACGGAGCUGGAGGACUCCUGGAUCACGCAGAGGUACAGAACAGAUGAGGUGGAGGUGACGUGGAGGGACUGAUAAGGGAACCACUUUGAAACCAAUGUGGACUCCAACUCUCCUCAGGUCGGGCCGCGGGGGCAGCAGCCUAAGCAGGGAAGCCCAAACUCCCCCUCUCCCCGGCCACGUCAUCCGGCUCUUCUCAGGGGAUCUCCAGGCGUUCCCAGACCAGCUCCACGAACACAUAUGCCUGAAAACACUCCUACAGACAUCACACAUGGGACAAGUAGGAAUUGUUUUAGUUAUAUUGUAAAACUUACAAACAUUGCUUGGAGCGAUGAAUGAAGAAUCAGCACGAGUAAAAACGUUAUGGAUGGCUAGAAGACGGAGCGACACUUUUUCCAGUUGAAUGCUCAGUCAUAGCACAAACAAUAACACACAUUUUUAGUGUAUUUGCUUCUUGUUGUUUUUUAACUUUAAUUUUGUAGCGUCCCGGAAGAGUUAGUGCUGCAAAGGGUUCUAGGUAUUUGUUCUGUUGUGUUUAUGUUGUGUUACGGUGCAGAUGUUCUCCCGAAAUGUGUUUGUCAUUCUUGUUUGGUGUGGGUUCACAGUGUGGCGCAUAUUUAUAACAGUGUUAAAGUUUUUUAUACUGGCACCCUCAGUGUAACCUGUAUCGCUGUUGAUGAAGUAUGCGUUGCAUUCACUCGUGUGUGCGUACAGAAGCCGCACAAAUCUUGUGACUGGGUCUGAACGAUGUUAGAAUGGAUGAAAAGCGGACGUGACGACAGCUCGUAGAGGACGUUAAAGGCAGUUACAUUUAAGGCACGCCUCCAAUACUGUGGUCCGGGUGGACUACGAGAUAUAAUGACUGAUGAACACCUUCGUUCGAUAAUGAAGGUUGCCUCAGCUCAAAGCCUGAGCCCCGACAUUGAUGAACUAGCAUCCCAGAAAAGAUGGCAGGUAUCUGGCUUGGGCACAUCAGAUUAGAUCAGUGUGUUGCAAACUGAGCAGUUUAAAGUCCUGAAUGGUUGGUUUAUUCCUUGUUAUUUUAUUUUCAAAUUUAUUAGCCUGUGGAAAAAGUUAAUGUUGAUAUUUACCUCAGAAGGCUGCAAAUAGAAAAGAGGCAUUCUAUUUCUAUUUAAAUUGUAUUUGAUAUGCCAUUAAUAUUUUUUAAUUAUUAUUAUUAUUAUUUGAAACUGGAUUUUGCAUGUCACAAUAAAGUUAUAUUAGCCUUGC